AUGCUGCCAUGUAUGGAGAUGCCUGACACUGUCAAACACUGCCUGAACACUGGAAGCUCUAAGUACAUCAACCUCCAUGAUGGCUUUGGUAUGACUCCAGCAAUGCUGGCUGCUAGGUCACACGGAGACCGUGCUGAGUGUUUGAAGCUGCUGCUGAAUGCGGGUGCUGAUGUUAACGCCAAGGACAUACAUGGUAUGACACUUUUAUCACUUGCUGCUGGCAGAGGUCAGGCUGGCUGUGUGCAAGUGCUGCUGGAUGCUGCUGGAACUCAGCAUGUCAACUGUCUAGACAUCGCAGGUCAGACACCACUAAUGCUGGCUGCACGAUCACUAGGAGACAAUGUUGAAUGCUUGGAGUUACUCCUAAAUGCAGGAGCUAAAAUUGACACAUUCGACAUGUACGGUUCUACAGCACUCCUUUAUGCCGCAGAAAGUGGAAAUGCCAGAUGUAUGCAAGCUCUGCUGUAUGCUGGUGCUUCCAAACAUGUGAACACUUCCAACCAUCAGGAUGAGACAGCGAUAAUGUUAGCAGCUAGGGCCAAGCACAACAAUGUUGAGUGUGUCAAGUUGCUUCUUGAUGCUGGGGCCGAUAUUCACACACUAGACAAGUUUGGUUCUACGGUGCUGGCCUUUGCUGCACAAAGUGGGAAUGUUGAUUGUCUACAGCAGUUACUUGAUGCUGGAGCAUAUAAGUCCAUCAACUGUUGUAAUCUGCAAGGUGAAACAUUGCUCAUGUUAGCUUCCAGGUCUUUAGGGGAUAAUGUCAGAUGUGUGGAAAGGCUGUUGAGUCUGGGACUUAGUGUCCAUGGACAAGAUAGUGAAGGGCGUACAGCACUGAGUCUUGCUGCACUUGAGGGAAACAGUCAGUGUGUCGUGGCUUUACUGGCUGCAGGCAGUGAUCAGUAUGUCAAUUUGCCAGACUUUUCAUGGUUUGACACCGUUGAUGUUGGCAGCUAA